UUGGACCACAUCGCCCAACUCGGCGACCAAAAAAUCGCAGUCGCACCCCCCAGAGGCAUCAUUUACGGUAACAAACAAUUCUCCAUUUUCCCGCCAGACUCGUCUUCAACUAAGUCGUGCAUGACCGUUAAUGCAGUUUUCUUCCUUGAAGAUUGGAGAUGAACAAGAUUUCAGAUUUAAUGAUAUUCUCGCUGAUCAUCGUUUCCCACUUUUGAGUCGCGUCCGAUCAAAUGGUUACCCUCAGGCGUGUCUGAAGUCCCAUCAGGAUAGUGCGGUAGACGAUACAAGUCCUACACCCGCGUCUCGACACAGACUGAGGCGCGUAAAAACCCGAUUUUCCUCCAAGUCUUCUGGCAGCAUUCCGUUUCAAUCACCACCUCAACUCCCUGAAACUAUCUUGAAUCCAUACCAACCGGAGACAGUGUUCAAGCAUUCGAACAAGGAUCUCUCUCCUAUCACCGAAGACAGAGAAACUUUUGCGAGCCCUGGUUCUCUCUCCACGAUGUUCGAUAGCCCUAUGGGGCCGUUUACUGUCUUUGCUUCGCGAAGCAUCGGAAAGUUAUCUACAGAGAGUACCACCAAUGUUCCCGUCGAGACCUCCCACCACUUCACAUCUCAAGAGCCAUCAUUCUCCUCAGGACAGCGAGGGAUCUAUUCUGCUCGAUCAUCUCCCAAGCUGAAUUCUUCUGAUCAUUCCACGUCAACUGCGCAGUGGUCUCCUGUUUCCCCUCUGGUUUUCGCUGAUAUGUCUUCCUUCCCGGGACAACCACCGAAUACUGAUGUGAGCCACGAUCUUGACCUCUCAUAUUUUCCCGCGUGCAAAUGCAAUACGAUCAUCACGUUCGGCUCUUGCGCACAUAGGUCCUCUAAUAUAUCUGCAGCUGUGACCGAAAAGGGAGGGAAAAGACUUGGGCUAGAUGCAUUAGAGGCACAACUUUCCAAUACGGAUCCGGCCAGAAAUGUCGACUCCCGUCCCUGUACUUCUGGAAUUUCGACAGCGAACUCUAUUGAAGCGCCAAUCAUCGACACUGUUCCAUCCAGACCUAGCGCUCCUCGGGCAUCACCAUCAAAACGAAUAUGGUCAAGGCUGCGGCAUGCUGUAAUAGGGACGUUUUCGAAGAGGAGUGACGUAGCGGGCGUUAAAGAUUCAGGCGGUCGCGAACAAGGUCCUCGUGCUACUCAUAGGAUGUUCGCGUCACUUCUCGUUGCCGAAGCAAGUUCCGUCCGUGAUCAAGACACGACCAGGCAGAGCAGGCGGCUUACCAAACCAGCACAUCCAGCGACUGCUUCUGUCGUCCUUGACUCCAAGCACAGUGUUUCUUCACCACAGAAGCGUAUCUCCAAGCGUUCGCACCCAUCGAAUCGUGCAGACAUCAACUUUGCAACUAUUUUCUCGCCUUCGUUUGUACAUCCGGCGUAAUUCCUAGGCCGUGCCAGUGAGAAUCACCUUCACGAUUGUGUCAUCACCCUGUAGCCAAAGCCUCCCGCAUAAUAUAUUCCAGUCUAUUCUUAUUGCAACGGCUUUUGUAUUUUGAUUCCAUCGUGAACACUCGAUGUGCACGCAUGACUUGAAUGUAUAACAGAGUUAGCUCUAGUGAAAUUUCAUGUGCUGAG